AUGACAUUAUGGAAAUCACUAGCAUCUCUGCCAUCUUCCUUCCCUUUCCUUUCCUACUCCCCUUCUGCAGCUGAAAUCGUUGAAUCCGUUGAGAAAUCCCUAGCAGCCCCAUCCCUGUCGUUGUCUACUUGGACUCCGUCUCUCCGAGUUCAUCUCCCCCAUCUGAACCGUGCGCCACAAUCGCGACCGCGCCACCGAUGCCACCAUCAUCAAAAAGCUCUUGGACGAGGGCAAAUAUGGGUUGAUGGAGGGAGAGGACUAAAUCUCGAGAGGGAAAGGCCUUUCGUUGUGGGCGCGCUGGACUGCUGGAGGGGUUCGUCGAAAUCGGCAAGGGGCUCUCGAUCUUCUUCUUCUUCGACGGAGCUGGAGCAGGAUAGUCCGACGAUGGUGAUGGGGUGGGAGGCGGUGAUUUCCCCUUCUUUCCCCAGAGUUGAAAUUCAAUGA